CCAGCGGUAGCAGGUACGAAUGCAAAAAACGGGUUACCUGCAAGAAAAGCUCGUGUAAAGAGAAAAUAUUCAGUCCACCUCCCCAAACCUGUACCUCGCACUGGCCGUUUUAUCAUCUCCGCUAUCAGAUAGACAAGAGAGAGAGAAUGUGUGUGUGUGUAUAUGUAUUACAACAAGAAUUAGCUAUUGCGUGACGUGUUGUUAAUCUCUCCCUUCUCCAUUCAACUGUGUCUACUACAAAUGAUGAGUAGAACUUUUUAUUUCGAUAUCAUUCGUUCAUGAACGGAAGCACUCUCUUUUAUCUGUCCAUCUUCUAUAGACUUCAAAUGACAGAACAAGAAAGUCGAUGAUCAAUGAAUGAUGUUUGAAGUUUAAAUAAAAAACAAACUAUAUUUGAACAUGAUUUGAUUUAUUUGAAAAAGAUGAGUUUCAUACACGUGGACAUUUAUUUAGAUGAUCUAUAUUGUCAUAUGAAGCGGUGUGUCUGCUUUUAAAUUUUAGAGCAAACUUUUAACAGUUUGAACAUGAAGAUAAACGAGGAGGUAUUAUGUCAAAUGACGUUUCGUUUCAUUGCAAACAAUUGUCCAUCUUUUAUCUUCAAAGUGUGUUAGCAGCGAAGAUUAGACUCGGCUUGUUGACAGAAUAAACGUCAAAUGUACUUCGACCACUCUGGAAACGAACAGAGGUCGGAAAGUGGAGAUUUAAAGAACUCGAUCUCAGCUAAGUUUAAUUGUCAAUACGGAAGUGAUGCCGAAGACCAUUGCUUAACGUCGAAAUUAUUUGGUACCACUGAUGUUGUAGAAGAAAAUAUGAUGGAGCAGAGAUAAGAGUCAAAAAUGGGAACAUACCAUUUGUAAGGUAAUAAACGUAAUAAAAACUCAAAUAAACAAGUUAUUUUAAAAACUGAAAGUUAUAAAUGCGAAUAGCCAGGAUCUCGCUUCGAAACUUUCAACCAGAUGAGAGAUACAAACAUUACCAACGCACUUUACAAAUUUGAGUUGUUUUCUUCUACAUGGUUCAACGUUUCGUUACAAGCACCAGCCACUGAGACGAUACCCACACUAUUGUUUGAUUUACGGCAUGGCGCACGUUUAGAUCGCGUUAAGAUAGAGAACUUCUUCCACUAUCUAAUAUCCAUGAAAUAUCUUCAUUAUUUGAAAAACGAGCACAGAAAGUGAUGGACAUGAUUGCGGCGAAAGGAGCAGGGUGUAGUAUUUUGAAAUGGUCAUCAACGAUAAAAAGUUUAUUUCUCAGUAUCAGAAAAAUAACAUUGCUCACUACCUUCAUUAAACAGCUGAUCGUUGUCUUUUUUCUGUUCGUAACCAAUCACAGACGGAUACAAACAGCUGAUCUCAUAUGUACCGUGUGUGUACCUAUAUAUGACACGGUAUAGAAGAAAAAAAAGAGAAAUUGGUAUCUGAUUGGACGAGCAUUUUGUCGAUGAGAACAUACAAAACUAUAUAUAUACAGAGGAAAAGUGAAUUAUACAUAUCACUUUAAAAAGUACAACCUCACUGACGGAAAGCGCAACUAAAAUGAUGUUUACCGAUGAGUUAGAAUCGUUUGGAAUAUUUUCGAAUUGUGCCAAUGAGGAUGAUGACUAUGUGCAUGCAGCCAAAGACUCAAAAUUGUGUUUGGAUACCGAUAUCUUGCAAACAAUGUUAGCCACAGAAGACGAAUUGUGUUAUCACGAUCUUUUAUCAAGUGAACUUCCAUCAAUUGUACAUCAGACUGUUGCCAAGCUCUGCUUAUGGUUGAAUUACUCGACAUCGGUUUGUUGGAUGUCAAAUGUGAUAAUAAAACGAUAUUAUCUAGCGAAAACACAAGCUGAACUUGAUCUAGCAUUGAUUUGUGCCUGUGUGUCACUGUGUGCAAAGUAUCAAGAUUCGACGGAACCACAAUAUGAAUAUUUGGCCAUGCAUUGUCAAACAACAGUCGACCAAAUUCACGUUCGUGAAAUUCACGUGUUGGAAACAUUAUCAUGGGAUCUGUGUGUUUAUACACCAUCUGAUUAUUUAUCUCUUAUAUACAAUUCGAUGUCGGCAGAUGAGGAUGAAACAUCGUGUACAAUGAAAAAUUUAAUGAAUGUUGCCAAUGAAAGGCUUUUACUUCUUUAUCAAACAGGAUCACUACUAUUGUCGACAUAUCCUAGUAGCAUUUUAACGCUUUCAUUACUAUUGAUAUUAUCUUUUUCAUCAGAACAUACCGAACAAAUCAUUCUCAACCAAAUUAAAAUGUUUUUAAAACACAAAAAGUCACCGCAACAAUAUAAGGAUCAGGUAUUGCGUUGUGUUCUGUCGUUGAAUGUUGAACUCGUAAAUAAACAGAAAUAUUUGUGCGAUACGUGA